CUUCUUCACAUAACUACCAAAUCUUCUAAUUUUCUCUUCUUUUUCCUAUCCAACAUGGCUUCUCUUCAACUCCCCAUGGUUUUAGCUACAUUCUUUCUUCAAUUUUUUCCAGGUGUUUAUUCAUCAACGUUUACAAUCAGGAACAAGUGCAGCUAUCCAGUUUGGCCGGGGAUUCUCUCUGGCGCCGGAACACCAGAACUGUCCACCACAGGUUUUCUUCUCCAGUCAGGGGAAUCUACAUCCCUCUCUGUCCCAACAUCCUGGUCAGGCCGUUUAUGGGGACGCACUGUCUGCACCCAAGAUUCCUCCGGUAAAUUCUCUUGUCUCACUGGAGAUUGCGGCUCUUCCACCAUAGCAUGCUCUGGUGGAGGCGCCGCCCCUCCUGCCACUCUGGCCGAGUUCACAUUAGACGGUGCAGGGGGGCUUGAUUUUUAUGACGUUAGUCUUGUGGAUGGUUAUAAUCUGCCAAUGAUGGUGACCCCACAGGGUGGGACUGGAGGGAACUGCUCUUCCGCCGCAUGCUCCGCUGAUUUGAACGAGGAUUGUCCGGUGGAACUUAAGAUUACUGACGGAAGUAAUGAAGGGGUGGCAUGCAAGAGUGCUUGCGAUGCGUUCGGAGACGCCCAGUACUGCUGCAGCGGAGCGUACGCGUCGCCGGACACCUGCAAGCCCAGUACUUACUCAGAAUUCUUCAAGAACGCCUGCCCUAAAGCUUAUAGCUAUGCAUAUGACGACGGUACCAGCACCUUCACCUGUGCCGGAGCCGAUUACAUCAUUACUUUCUGUCCCGGUCUUUCCACCAGCCUGAAAUCUGGAUCAACAACCGCCAAAUCCUUGGCCGUUAACUACACCUCAUCAGCAGGUCACCGCCACAGAUCACCGACAUUCAUCGGCCGAGCCAUUACUGUGGGAGCAGCAGUAUGGUGGUUGUGGCACCUUUUUUGAGCAAUGCCAACCAACCCCACCAACUUGGGCCUGUUUUUCCUGUUUUUUUUUUUUUGUUUCCCGUCUAGUAUCCGGGACUUCACCCCGACUAAUCCAGACCUGAUCCACGUCGUGCACCUGGAAAUGGUGGGUGAGUCUCCCAGCGAUGACUGCUGCAUUCACAAGUUCUUGAACUCGAGACCUUACUUAUUUAAAUUAGAACAAACCGCUUACCACUUAAUCCAAUCCCUCGUUGGUUGGCCUGUUUUCCUGUGCGAAUCUACCAACUUCGGGAAUUGUCAACCAGAGUAAAGAUCCUACUCUGACCCAGUAAUGCACUACCCUGUUUGUCUUCUCCGGCUUGUAAAAGAAAAAUCAAGCAAGGCAUGUUCCACGCCGAAAGGUUCUAUAGAGACAGAAUACCAGCGCAUCGGCCCCACCAUUUCUGAUUUUUGCAACAUAUCGAAGAAAUUAGACAUUAAAUACAGUCAAAUUAGUUGGCAAAUUGAUGUAAUUCUCGGGGAUGGUUGCUAGUGCCAAUCGGAGAGGAGAGAUGAUUUUUGCCAAUAAUAUAAUAUGUUUGAAUUGAGAGAAGCGGAGAGAAAGAGAGGGGAAGGAAAAAAAUUUUAAUCAAUUAAAUUAUAAUAUUUUUAAAACAUUAUAAUUUGAUUGACUAAAAAACUUUAUCUUCUCUUUCAUUCUCUUCAAAUCCUCAAUUCAAACAUAUGAUUAGUGAUUUGCUAAAUAAGGGGGAUUGAAUUUGAUUGAAUCUCCUUUUUCCCUUUAUGCCUAUUGUCUUUAGUUUGAUGAUAGUUAUAUUUUGGGGAGCAUGUGGUGUUGUGGUGGAUUUUGUUGCUCGAUUAUUUAGUAAUGAUGCAACAACAUAUGAUGCUGAGUAUGCUAUUU